AUGAAAUUAAUGAAUUGCCAUUUUUGUGCAGCGAGUGAAGCUAAAGCAACAACAUGUAAAGACGCUAUUCAACGGUGGGAAGAAAAAACUGGUUUGAUCGCCAGCGAACAGAAAGAAAUCAUUUUGUCUUUUCAAUGGCCUCCGAUUGAGAGAAUGGAUAAUAAUUUAGCGGCACUUACCGCCGUCGAGAAAUUAUCUCUCUCAACGAAUAUGAUAGAGAAAAUUACUGGUAUCAAUUCUUUAAAGAAUUUAAAAAUUCUAUCUCUGAGCCGUAACAAUCUUAAGACGUUCUCCGGAUUGGAAGCAGUUGGAGAACAUUUAGAAGAAUUAUGGAUUUCAUAUAAUCAGAUCGAAAAAAUUAAAGGUGUUAACGUAUUAAAAGCGCUGAAAGUACUUUACAUGUCAAAUAAUUUGGUAAAAGACUGGGCGGAGUUUAAUCGUCUACAAGAAAUACCGAAUCUCGAAGAUUUAUUGUUUAUUAAUAAUCCUAUUUGUGAAAAUAUGGACACGGAAUCUUGGCGUAGUCAGGCAACCAGAAGACUUCCAAAACUAAAGAAACUUGAUGCUAUACCGGUUGUAUAAUUAUCUCUUAAUCAUUACACGGAAUGAAGAUAGAAA